CUUCCUAUAAAAUGCAAACAAAAAAGCUUCUUUUUGGACUGACAGAGUUGCAGUUUCUAGUCUACAAGCACCCAUGAUGGCCGAAUCGAAAUGGAAAAAGCACUGGGCUCUUUGGUUAUCGUUAUUAAUGAUCGUCUUGAUAACGCCAUCUUUGGGUGCAGAUUAUAACUAUGACUAUGAUAGUGAAGGUAAUUACGAAGCCUAUGCAAGUGCCAAUUAUGAAGCAGAAGCUAGUGCGAGCAUCGAAGCAGAGGCUGACGCAAGCAUCGCAGCAGGGGCUGACGCAAGCAUCGCAGCAGAGGCUGACGCCAGCAUCGCAGCAGAGGCUGACGCAAGCAUCGCAGCAGAGGCUGACGCAAGCAUCGCUGCAGAGGCUGACGCAAGCAUCGCUGCAGAGGCUGACGCAAGCAUCGCAGCAGAAGCUAGUGCAAGUAUCGAAGCAGAAGCAGAAGCAAGCAUUGGAGCAGAAGCUAGCGCUGGCAUUGGAGCUGGAAUCGAGGCUAGUGCCAGUAUUGAAGCUGGCAUAGGGGCUAGCGCCGGUGUUGAAGCUGGAAUCAAGGCUAGUGCCAGUAUUGAAGCUGGAAUAGAAGCUGGUGCCGAUAUUGAAGCUGGAAUAGAGGCUACCGCCAGUGUUGAAGCUGGAAUAGAGGCUACCGCCAGUGUUGAAGCUGGAAUAGAAGCUAAUGCCAAUAUUGAAGCUGAAAUAAGCGCUAGCGCUAAUGCUGAAAUUGAAGCCAGCAUUAGAGGCGAUGUUAGUAUAAAUGGUGAAGUUAGCAUCAACGGUGAAAUCAGCGCCAGCGGUGAUGUAAGCAUCAGUGGAAGUGCUGACAUCAGUGCAAGUGGUGAGGCUGAUAUAGAAGUUGAUGGACUUGCAACGGUUCAUCGAAAAAUCGGUACCUUGGGUUCUAUCAGAGGAGUUGUAUACAACGUUGGAGGCGAAGAGGUGGAAGGAUAUUUAGGUGUAAGAUAUGCAGAAGCUCCUAUUGGCAGCCUCAGGUUUCAAUUACCUAUUCCUGUUAGCUCCUAUGGUGGUGUUUUUGAUGCUACCAAACUUCGACCAGCCUGCUACCAAUAUUCAGAAUUUCAAUAUCCCUGGGCCAAUGACGAUGACGUCUACAGCGAGGACUGCUUACAUCUCAAUAUCUACGUCCCUAGAGUAGUCGAGGCCACUGAUCCAUUACCGGUUCUGUUUUACAUCCAUGGCGGAUUUUUCCAUUUGGGAUCGAAUAGGAAGGACAUCUACGAUGGCAGAUCACUGGCCGCUAUUGGAGACGUGAUUGUAGUAACCGUCAACUAUCGACUUGGAGCAUUAGGUUAUUUGUAUUCUGAUAUCGAGGACCACAAAGCUCCUGGAAACGCAGGAUUGCAUGAUGUUUUGACGGCUCUUAAAUGGGUAAACGAAAACAUUGGCUACUUCAACGGAGAUAGAGAGUCUAUCACUAUCUUUGGAAAUGAUGCUGGAUCCGUUAUCACUGGAUUAUUCCUGACAUCUCCUCUUACGGAAGGUCUUUUCAGAAGAGCCAUCAUGUUGAGUCAAUCACCAGCCCACCUUGUUUUCAAAGAGAAGGAAACUAGCCACACAUUAAGCAAGAAGCUAUCCCAAAAGCUUCACUGCCACAACAAAGGUUUCACUUCUGGAGAUGUCAACGGUGAAAUUGGAGUUGGUGCAGGGGUUGGUGCCGGAGCUGGUGCAGGAGUUGGUGGAGGGGUUGGCGCCGGAGCUGAUGUUGGAGCUGGUGCAGGGGUUGGUGCCGGAGUUGGUGCAGGAGCUGGUGCAGGGGUUGGUGCCGGAGCUGGUGCAGGGGUUGGUGCCGGAGCUGGUGCAGGGGUUGGUGCAAGAGCCGGUGUUGGAUAUCCAAGGCAAAAGAGAGAUGCAGCUAGAUAUGGAUUCCAACGCGAGGAGGAUUUUGACGACAGCAAUAGAGUGGAUUCAAUUUUCGACGGAUCUGUCAGCGACAAGAUAAAGGACUCAGUCUCUUUGAGCGAAACUGAAUCUGCAAGUUUUGUUGAUCUAGAAGGACCCGUCAUUGACGGAGGAGAUGUUACUAUCACAUAUAACUGGGUCGACUGCUUGAGAGAUACAGACCCAUUAGAAAUUGUUAAAGCCCAAGCGGAAUUUACUCACGUGGAUUUACAAAACUUCAGUCCCCAUUUCGGAGACGAAAUUGUCCCAGAGUUGCCUCGAGAUUCUUUUGUCAAUUUGAAUUUCCAUGAAGGGAUUGAUCUGCUGGUUGGCAACACGAAUGAUGAAGGUUCUAAUAUCGUAACUGCUUACUCUGAAGGGCUCCAGGAUUAUGGAUUCUACGGAGAAGUGUCAGAAGUACCCAUUGGAGACCUAUCUAAACUAAUUAGUAGACACUUCAAAAUCAACUUUGACGACGGAAAGUCGGUCCGCGAGUUCUACAGUGGAAAAGGCGACUCGCUUGUUGAUGAUGGAGAUCGUGCAUUCACCCCUGUCGGAGACUACCUCUUCACGUGUCCCAACGUUUUCACAGCUCAGCAAUUCGCAGCGAAGACUUCCAACAACGUGUACUACUACGUUUUCAAUCACUACACCCAGGGCCAUGCCUUCCACAUGUCCGAUCCGCUGGCCAGGUCAUACGCUCCGUGGCAAGGAUCUGCGCACGGCGAAGACGUGCAGUAUAUUUUUGGUCUCCCUCACAGAUAUCCAAAUAAUUAUACUUUAGACGAGCUCAGCUUCAGUACCAAUGUCGUUGAUAUGUUUGCGACUUUUGCGAAAACAGGGGUGCCAAGAAGUGAUUUCCCCAAGUACAGCAGACGAGAACCACUCUUCGAAUAUCUGGUAUCGGACAUCAUCGGAUCAAUCGAACGUGGUCCUCACAAUCACAACUGCGAGUUUUUGAGGCCUCAUCUAGGAUUCGACGUUCCAGAGCAAAUCGUCCAGCAGACGGUCAAACAGUCUGUGCAUGUCAUACAGUCAGCUCCUAGAAUGCUUCAAUUUAACGACGGAUUCACGCGCGAGUUCCAGCGCCAUUUUGAAAUAGGUUUUUAAGAAGAAAAAUCACAAAUUGGCGGCAAGUUGCCAAACAAAUACUCUAUUACCAUCUAGUCCACAUCCUCAAGAAGCUAAAACUAUUAUGAAGACGUUAAUAAUUUGAGUUUCUAGAACAAAUCACACCAUUUUUGAUGAUGUUGAAUUCGGAGAACAUAUCCAAAUGAAGUGAAAUGUUCUUAUCUGAAAUUUUGUUAUCUGUUAAAAUGUUGUUAAAAAUUCAUAAUCGAAAUCAUUCAAGUUUCAACCAAUUCGAUUUUAACCACUUUUUACUUCACUAGCGUAUAUUACGUUUUACCAAACAUUAACCAAUAAAGUAUAUUUGAUCACGGAUAUAAUCAAAAAAAUAAAUAAAUAAAAAUUCUGCAUAUGUAAA